ACGCCAUCACUCACUUGUUUGCUUGUCUCUGUGUCAGUAAUACAAGUACUUUUCUUUCCGUGCGAUUCUGCUUUUUUGAGUUUUUGUUGUUAUAGUUAUUAUUUGUUGAGUGUUUUUGUUGACUUUCUGUUAUAAUUUGUUACGGUUUUGUUGUUAUUGUGUUACAAUGAGUGACCAACCUGGACCAAGCUCGACGAAGCUUUUUUCAACGCCCAUGAAGAAGCGCCAAAAGAAAUCCGCUCUGAGGUCUUCCGAAAAGACUACUAUAAUCAACAUAUAUAAACUCGUUGAAGAUACUUGGCCAAAAGAUCAAUUCUGGUACAAAAAGGAUUUGGCUAAGAAAACCGCGGAGACCGCCGGCGUAAGCCUUGCUACAGUCUACAAGGUACUGAAACAGUACAGAAAUGAGCACCGUGUUAGCUCACCCGUUGCGCCUCCUCAAAGAGCAACGAUAAUUGACAAACUUUUAGAUUUCGAGUUGAGUGCUAUUAGGAGAAAAGUUCAUGAGUUCUUUUUUAGAAAUGAACUUCCCACUGUGGACAAUGUUCUUAUGUCAGUAAACGAAGAUGAUGAUUUACCAAAUUUCAAAAGAACAACUUUCCAAAAAUUACUUAAAAAACUACAAAUCAAAUAUUUAAAAAGAUCAAGAAAAAGUGCUCUAAUUGAGAAAAGAGAAAUCGUAAGAUGGAGGCGCAACUAUUUGCAAAAAAUUUCAAAAAUGAGAGAAGAUGGGCGGAAAAUUUAUUACACUGACGAAACAUGGAUUAAUGAAGGUCAUACAAAAACAAAGGUGUGGCAAGAUACUACAAUACAUUCAACCCGUCAAGCUCACCGAGAAGGAUUGUCUACAGGAUUGAAGGGGCCUUCUGGAAAAGGGAAGCGGUUGAUAAUAGUGCACAUUGGAAAUGAAGCUGGAUUUUUGGAAGGGGGUCAGCUAAUUUUCGAGAGUCAGAAAGGGGAAGGCGAUUACCAUAAAGAAAUGAACGCUAAAGUGUUUGAAGAUUGGUUAAAAAAAAUUAUAAAUUUAAUUGAGCCUCACUCUGUUAUAGUGAUGGACAAUGCUCCCUAUCAUUCUCGUCGACUGGAACGAAUACCAAAUAUGCAGUGGAAAAAAGUUGAUAUUCAGAAUUGGCUCACAAGUAAAGGUAUCUCAUUCCAGGAGACAUUAAUAAAAAGGGAGCUUAUAGACAUAUUAAAACCAAUAAAAGAAAAAUACUUGGCAUAUGCAACUGAUACAUAUGCUAAAGAAAAGGAUAUUGAAGUGUUACGUUUGCCCCCAUAUCACUGUGAAUUAAACCCAAUUGAGAUGAUAUGGGGGCAAGUCAAAGGCUAUGUUGCAGGGAAAAAUAAAACAUUUAAAAUGGAUGAAUUAAAAAGAUUAUUACAGGAAUCAAUGGAUCUAAUAACCCCUGCAGCAUGGCAAAAGUGUAUUGGCCACGUUAUACAAGAGGAAAAGAGAAUGAGAGACCUGGAUGGUAUAACAGAUAAUGUUAUUGACGAAUUUAUCAUCCAGGUUGCAGAUAGUAGUGGUAGUAGUAGUAGUUCAUCAGCAUCAGAAAGUGACACUGGAUGA